GAACCCCCUCCCUCUAACACUAGAGUUUAUUUAUGAUCUGUAAAUUCUGUUCUUUAUACAAUAUCUGCAUCCCAGAUGGCACCCUAUUCCCUAUAGAGGCUGCUCCUUUUGGUUAAAUGUAGUGCACUAUAAAGGGUAUAUGGAGCCAUUUGCGAUGCAGAUGGUAAAGUGUGUCCUACGACGGGUUUCUUUACCAUUGCGGUUUGUUCUACAGUUUACACUCCGCAGAUACACUGGUAUCUGGUAUACCCGACCUGAUGACUGACCUCUCUGACCCAAUACCCAUCCUGAUGACUGACCUCUCUGUCCCAAUACCCAUCCUGAUGACUGACCUCUCUGACCCAAUACCCAUCCUGAUGACUGACCUCUCUGUCCCAAUACCCAUCCUGAUGACUGACCUCUCUGACCCAAUACCCAUCCCGAUGACUGACCUCUCUGACCCAAUACCCAUCCUGAUGACUGACCUCUCUGACCCAAUACCCAUCCUGAUGACUGACCUCUCUGACCCAAUACCCAUCCUGAUGACUGACCUCUCUGACCCAAUACCCAUCCUGAUGACUGACCUCUCUGACCCAAUACCCAUCCUGAUGACUGACCUCUCUGACCCAAUACCCAUCCUGAUGACUGACCUCUCUGACCCAAUACCCAUCCUGAUGACUGACCUCUCUGUCCCAAUACCCAUCCUGAUGACUGACCUCUCUGUCCUCUCUGACCCAAUACCCAUCCUGAUGACUGACCUCUCUGACCCAAUACCCAUCCUGAUGACUGACCUCUCUGACCCAAUACCCAUCCUGAUGACUGACCUCUCUGACCCAAUACCCAUCCUGAUGACUGACCUCUCUGUCCUCUCUGACCCAAUACCCAUCCUGAUGACUGACCUCUCUGACCCAAUACCCAUCCUGAUGACUGACCUCUCUGUCCCAAUACCCAUCCUGAUGACUGACCUCUCUGUCCCAAUACCCAUCCUGAUGACUGACCUCUCUGACCUCUCUGACCCAAUACCCAUCCUGAUGACUGACCUCUCUGUCCCAAUACCCAUCCUGAUGACUGUCCUCUCUGACCCAAUACCCAACCUGAUGACUGACCUCUCUGACCUCUCUGACCCAAUACCCAUCCUGAUGACUGACCUCUCUGUCCCAAUACCCAUCCUGAUGACUGACCUCUCUGUCCCAAUACCCAACCUGAUGACUGUCCUCUCUGACCCAAUACCCAUCCUGAUGACUGACCUCUCUGACCCAAUACCCAUCCUGAUGACUGUCCUCUCUGACCCAAUACCCAUCCUGAUGACUGUCCUCUCUGUCCCAAUACCCAUCCUGAUGACUGACCUCUCUGACCCAACACCCAUCCUGAUGACUGUCCUCUCUGACCCAAUACCCAACCUGAUGACUGACCUCUCUGACCUCUCUGACCCAAUACCCAUCCUGAUGACUGACCUCUCUGUCCCAAUACCCAUCCUGAUGACUGACCUCUCUGACCUCUCUGACCCAAUACCCAUCCUGAUGACUGACCUCUCUGACCCAAUACCCAUCCUGAUGACUGACCUCUCUGUCCCAAUACCCAUCCUGAUGACUGACCUCUCUGACCCAAUACCCAUCCUGAUGACUGUCCUCUCUGACCCAAUACCCAUCCUGAUGACUGUCCUCUCUGACCUCUCUGACCCAAUACCCAUCCUGAUGACUGACCUCCCUGACCCAAUACCCAUCCUGAUGACUGACCUCUCUGACCCAAUACCCAUCCUGAUGACUGACCUCUCUGACCCAAUACCCAUCCUGAUGACUGACCUCUCUGACCCAAUACCCAUCCUGAUGACUGACCUCUCUGACCCAAUACCCAUCCUGAUGACUGACCUCUCUGACCCAAUACCCAACCUGAUGACUGACCUCUCUGUCCUCUCUGACCCAAUACCCAACCUGAUGACUGACCUCUCUGACCUCUCUGACCCAAUACCCAUCCUGAUGACUGACCUCUCUGACCCAAUACCCAUCCUGAUGACUGACCUCUCUGACCCAAUACCCAUCCUGAUGCACUAGGUAGUGUGACGCAAAGUGUUGGCCAUGCAUACUAAGUAGUGUGCGUAUUUGGGACACUAGGCCAUAUCACACCGUUAGUCCAGUCACCACCACAAAAAAGCUGCUUUUUUAAAACCUGUUUGAUUGAACUUCACCUUCAUCCCAAAUGGCACCCUAUUCCCUAUGGAGUGCACUACUUUUGACCUGAGCCCCUAUAGGCAAUAGGGUGGUAUUUGGUAUGCACACGUAUUUAGCCUGGGUACGUCACAACAAGUUCAGCAUCUCUUGUUCGAGAUAGAUAACGGUUCACAUUAACUCAGAGUUUCAGAGUAGGAGUACUGAUCUAGGAUCAGUUCAGUCUUUAAUGAAUCAGACUGAAUGGACGGGGGACCUGUUCCUAGAUCAAUACCCCUACUGAUCUAGGAUCAGUUCAGUCUUUAAUAAAUCAGAGUAAAUGGACGGGGGACCUGGUCCUAGAUCAAUACCCCUACUGAUCUCGGAUCAGUUCAGUCUUUAAUAAAUCAGAGUAAAUGGACGGGGGACCUGUUCCUCGAUCAACACUCCUACUGAUCUAGGAUCAGUUCAGUCUUUAAUGAAUCAGACUAAAUGGACGGGGGACCUGUUCCUCGAUCAACACUCCUACUGAUCUAGGAUCAGUUCCGAUUUUAAUGAAUCAGACUAAAUGGACGGGGGACCUGUUCCUCGAUCAACACUCCUACUGAUCUAGGAUCAGUUCCGAUUUUAAUGAAUCAGACUAAAUGGACGGGGGACCUGUUCCUCGAUCAACACUCCUACUGAUCUAGGAUCAGUUCAGAUUUUAAUGAAUCAGACUAAAUGGACGGGGGACCUGUUCCUCGAUCAACACUCCUACUGAUCUAGGAUCAGUUCAGUCUUUAAUGAAUCAGACUGAAUGGACGGGGGACCUGUUCCUAGAUCAAUACCCCUACUGAUCUAGGAUCAGUUCAGUCUUUAAUGAAUCAGAGUAAAUGGACGGGGGACCUGUUCCUCGAUCAACACUCCUAUUGAUCUACGAUCAGUUCAGAUUUUAAUGAAUCAGAUUAAAUGGACUUCUGAAGGGUAGGUACAGGAGUUUUUCCUGACCCCUCUGUAACCUGCAGGAUAAACUCCAGGCCAUAGAAAUAGAAUCCAUAGAACGGACCUCCCAAUUCAAGUCAUUGAUGGCGUACUGGGUGCAGAGGUUCCACGUCCGUUCUAUGGAUAGCAUUAUUAUAUUCCAGGCCUGACCGAUAAAGAGCUGUUGGCUAUAUGUUUGCCUUUUUCAAACCUCUCCUCUAGGACCUCUAGGUGUUAUAAACCUCUCUCUAUGACCUCUAGGUGUUAUAAACCUCUCUCUAUGACCUCUAGGUGUUAUAAACCUCUCUAUAUGACCUCCAGGUGUUAUAAACCUCUCCUCUGGGAUCUCUAGGUGUUAUAAACCUCUCUAUGACCUCUAGGUGUUAUAAACCUCUCCUCUGGGAUCUCUAGGUGUUAUAAACCUCUCUCUAUGACCUCUAGGUGUUAUAAACCUCUCUCUAUGACCUCUAGGUGUUAUAAACCUCUCUCUAUGACCUCUAGGUGUUAUAAACCUCUCUCUAUGACCUCUAGGUGUUAUAAACCUCUCUCUAUGACCUCUAGGUGUUAUAAAUCUCUCUCUAUGACCUCUAGGUGUUAUAAACCUCUCCUCUAUGAUCUGUAGGUGUUAUAAACCUCUCCUCUGGGACCUCUAGGUGUUAUAAACCUCUCCUCUGGGACCUCUAGGUGUUAUAAACCUCUCUCUAUGACUAGGUGUUAUAAACCUCUCCUCUGGGACCUCUAGGUGUUAUAAACCUCUCCUCUGGGACCUCUAGGUGUUAUAAACCUCUCUCUAUGACCUCUAGGUGUUAUAAACCUCUCUAUGACCUCUAGGUGUUAUAAACCUCUCUAUGACCUCUAGGUGUUAUAAACCUCUCCUCUGGGACCUCUAGGUGUUAUAAACCUCUCUAUGACCUCUAGGUGUUAUAAACCUCUCCUCUGGGACCUCUAGGUGUUAUAAACCUCUCUAUGACCUCUAGGUGUUAUAAACCUCUCCUCUGGGACCUCUAGGUGUUAUAAACCUCUCUAUGACCUCUAGGUGUUAUAAACCUCUCCUCUGGGACCUCUAGGUGUUAUAAACCUCUCUAUGACCUCUAGGUGUUAUAAACCUCUCCUCUGGGACCUCUAGGUGUUAUAAACCUCUCUAUGACCUCUAGGUGUUAUAAACCUCUCUAUGACCUCUAGGUGUUAUAAACCUCCUCUGGGACCUCUAGGUGUUAUAAACCUCCUCUGGGACCUCUAGGUGUUAUAAACCUCUCCUCUGGGACCUCUAGGUGUUAUAAACCUCUCAUAUGGGAUCUCUAGGUGUUAUAAACCUCUCUCUAGGACCUCUAGGUGUUAUAAACCUCUCCUCUGGGAUCUCUAGGUGUUAUAAACCUCUCCUCUGGGACCUCUAGGUGUUAUAAACCUCUCUAUGACCUCUAGGUGUUAUAAACCUCUCUAUGACCUCUAGGUGUUAUAAACCUCUCCUAUGGGACCUCUAGGUGUUAUAAACCUCUCCAAUAUGACCCCCAGGUGUUAUAAACCUCUCCUCUGGGACCUCUAGGUGUUAUAAACCUCUCUAUGACCCCUAGGUGUUAUAAACCUCUUUCUCUAUGACCUCUUGUUGCAGCCCUGACCUAGCGCACCUGAUUGAAAUAGUCAAGGGCUUGAUGAUUGGUUGACAAGUUGAAUCAGGUGUGAUAGCUCUGGAAUAGUUCAAAUACAUGGAACGGCUGGAGGUCCCAGAUGAGAGGUUUGAGAACGGCUGGAGGUCCCAGAGGAGAGGUUUGGAUAACGGCUGGAGGUCCCAGAGGAGAGGUUUGAGAACGGCUGGAGGUCCCAGAUGAGAGGUUUGAGGACGGCUGGAGGUACCAGAGGAGAGGUUUGAGAACGGCUGGAGGUCCCAGAGGAGAGGUUUGGAACGGCUGGAGGUCCCAGAGGAGAGGUUUGGAACGGCUGGAGGUCCCAGAGGAGAGGUUUGGAAAAGGCUGGAGGUCCCAGAGGAGAGGUUUAUAACGGCGAGGUUUAUAACGGCUGGAGGUUCCAGAGGAGAGGUUUGGAACGGCUGGAGGUACCAGAGGAGAGGUUUGGAACGGCUGAAGGUACCAGAGGAGAGGUUUGGAAAAGGCUGGAGGUCCCAGAGGAGAGGUUUGGAACGGCUGGAGGUCCCAGAGGAGAGGUUUGGAACGGCUGGAGGUCCCAGAGGAGAGGUUUGAGGACGGCUGGAGGUACCAGAGGAGAGGUUUGAGAACGGCUGGAGGUCCCAGAGGAGAGGUUUGAGAACGGCUGGAGGUCCCAGAGGAGAGGUUUGAGAACGGCUGGAGGUCCCAGAGGAGAGGUUUGAGGACGGCUGGAGGUCCCAGAGGAGAGGUUUGAGGACGGCUGGAGGUACCAGAGGAGAGGUUUGAGAACGGCUGGAGGUCCCAGAGGAGAGGUUUGAGGACGGCUGGAGGUCCCAGAGGAGAGGUUUGAGGACGGCUGGAGGUACCAGAGGAGAGGUUUGAGAACGGCUGGAGGUCCCAGAGGAGAGGUUUGAGAACGGCUGGAGGUCCCAGAGGAGAGGUUUGAGGACGGCUGGAGGUCCCAGAGGAGAGGUUUGAGGACGGCUGGAGGUACCAGAGGAGAGGUUUGAGAACGGCUGGAGGUCCCGGAGGAGAGGUUUGAGAACGGCUGGAGGUCCCAGAGGAGAGGUUUGAGGACGGCUGGAGGUCCCAGAGGAGAGGUUUGGAACGGCUGGAGGUACCAGAGGAGAGGUUUGAGAACGGCUGGAGGUCCCAGAGGAGAGGUUUGGAAAAGGCUGAGCUAUGUGUUUGCCAAACAACUUUACACGUCUGUUUCACACACAGGAAGGUAUUGCAGUUGAAUCACAAUUCAUGUUGAUUAAAACAAAUGAUAAUGAA